AUGCCCCACCUCGCCGCCACUCCCCCCACUUCCUCCUCCGCCGCCGCCGCCGCGGCGGUCCCCACCGCGCAGGCCACGGCCGCGGGCCGCGUCGCGUUCCGGCGCCCGUGGAACACGCCGCGCCUGCGCGUGCUCGCGCGGGGCGUCCGUCGUGAGGACGGCGGCGGCGUGCGCACGGAGGAGCAGGAGCAGACGGCAUCGCGGACGUUCUACGACCUGCUCGGGAUCUCGGCGGAGGGGAGCCCCGACGAGGUCCGGGCCGCCUACAGGCGGCUGGCGCUCAAGUACCACCCGGACGUGUCCCCGCCGGGCGCCGCGGCGGAGAACACCCGCCGCUUCAUCGAGGUGCAGGAGGCCUACGAGACGCUCUCCGACCCGAGCCGCCGCGCCAGCUACGACCUCGCGCUCGCCCGCGGCGUCUGCCGCCUCGCCUUCUCCGGGCGCCGUUCCCAAUCCCACCGCGCCUACUACUACCACCACCACCAGGAGCAGGAAGGGAAAUCUGGCUGGAGAAGGUCCUGGGAAGACCAGAUUGCAGAGCUGAAGAGGAGGAGCACGACAAAGGAUUCAGAAGAGAACCUGUCGUGGGGCGCUUGUAUGCGGAGAAGGGCCGAGGCAUCAUCAGCAGAACAGCUAUGA